AUGUCCAUUUUUAGAUCUUUAUCAUCAUUUAAUAUUUCUUUUAAAUCAAAUAAAUCAAAUGAUUUUAAUUUUAAUAAUUACAAUGGCUUAGUCAAUCAAUCAUCAAAUGAAUUAUCAAGAUGGAAUCCAAAAGAAACUGUUGUCUUUGUAAAACAAGGUGGAAAAGAUCGUAUUGCUGCAUAA